AUGACUCGGCCAAGACUCCUCGUUUGUUUGGGCGGCAGAGCGGGGAGGCACUCGGAGCUCCUCCAGCGCCUGGCAAACGCCUCCCCGCCGCGGGGGCGGCGAACAUCCCGGCGAACAUCUCGGGGGCUGCGGGCGCAGGUGGGACGCGGCCCCGCUGUAGCAGCGCGGCCACCGCGGGAGCGUCACCGCCACCUCCUCCCUUCCUCCGCAGAGCCCCGGCCCGAGCCCGAGCCCGCGGGCGGCUCCGGCAGGAGCCGCAGAGCUCCGCGCUGGCGGAGGCCGCUGCGGCGAGCGGGGCCGGAGCGGGGGCGGCUCCGGCGGGGCCGGGGCGCGGACAGGUGGGUGGCGGGCGGUGCGAGCGCGGCGGCGGGGGCGGGGGCGGACCGGCCGUGCGCAGGCGGCGGCGCGGAUGCCGAGCCCCCCGCACGGCGGCGGCGGCGGCGGCGGCGGGAGCCCCGGCCCCGCGAUAAAAAGGGAAGGGGCAGGAGGUGCGCGCUGCGGGUCCGCCCGGGCGCCGUGCGGCAGAACGUGCCUGGAGGGGAUAGAGGCAGGCUGAGCCGGCGGGGGAGCGGGAGGCUGUGCCCAGCGAUGAGCCUCCUCCCUCCCUCCCUCGCUCGCUCCCGCCCGCCCUCCCGCAGGAAUCCCGGGCGGCGCGGCGGCACCGGGACGCGCGGCUCCCCGGGGCUGCGCGGCGGCAGCGGCGCGGAGCGGAGCGAGCGGGGGAGCCGCGCUGCGAGGAGGAGCCGCCGCCUCAUCCUGCGGCACCGGCCCGGCCAGCGCAGGUGGCAGUGUAGAAGCCAAGAACAAAAACUGGCAGAAAUUGUGUUCUGUGUACGAGAAUAUGAAGAGUGUACUCAUGACUAAGCACAGGAACCUGGAAAACCACAGGAUUGUCUUGAAAAUAGUUUGUGGGAACCUGAAGAAUGGAUUAAAGAUGAUGAAUGGAAGGCAGAGAAGUUAUUAACAUUUCACAAAAUAAAUAAAUUCUUUAAACUUUCACAAGCACCAACCA